CAAAUAUAUCUGUUCAUCAUCUUCUUCUUCAAUCUUUCUCUCCCAUUCAAACCCAUCAACUGUAAGUAAUCAUUAAAAUUUCAUUUUGUUUUCUUCAUUUUCAUUCUCUUGAUUUUCAAUUGUCUUACUUGUAUAUACCUAUUUAAUCUCUGUUAAUUCAAAUUUCCAGGAUUGACAGAUCUGUGUAUAUAUAAAUCUCAUAACUUAGCUUGUAAUUGUAACUAAUUUAAUCUGAUUCUUGUUAAAUAUUAAAAAAAAAAAAUGAAUACUUGUAGCUGUAUUGGAAUUUCCACAAUGAAACCCUGUUGUAAAAUCUUGAUUAGUUGUAGGAAUUCAUCAAUUUUCGGAUUUCCGUAUCCGAAAUGCAAUCACUUGGUUGCUGAUAAUUUGUCGAAAUCUCAAUUGAAAGCAAACAGUUUACGUCGAUUUCGCACUUGUAACAAUAAGAUUUUAGGGUUUAGAUGUGUUAUUGAUUUGAAUCGGAGGGCUUUUUGUGUAUCCGAUUUGAGUUGGGGUCAAUCUAGGGUUUUGACAAGUCAAGGUGUUGAUAAAAGCAAGCGUGUUUCGGUUAUAGCUAAUGUGGCGUCAGAUUUUAAGAACCAUUCAACCUCAGUUGAAACCCAUAUUAAUGAGAAGGGCUUCGAGAGGAUUUACAUUCAGGGUGGCUUGAAUGUGAAGCCUCUGGUAAUUGAGAGGGUUGAGAGAGGUCCCGAUGUAGUGGACAAAGAGUCUAUGGUAGAAGUCAAUGGUUCUAAGGUUAAUGUAGAUAAUUUAAAGGGUUUGAAUGAGGAGAAGGUUUCAACCCAUGAGAGAAGGCUGUCCAAGAUUGAAAAGGAGGCUUGGGAGUUACUUCGAGGUGCUGUUGUGGACUAUUGUGGAAAUCCUGUUGGGACCGUUGCAGCUAAAGAUCCUGCUGAUAAGCAACCAUUAAACUAUGAUCAGGUCUUCAUUCGUGAUUUUGUCCCUUCGGCACUCGCAUUCUUGCUUAAUGGAGAGGGCGAGAUCGUCAAGAAUUUUCUACUUCACACCUUGCAAUUGCAGAGUUGGGAGAAGACUGUGGACUGCUACAGCCCUGGGCAGGGGCUGAUGCCAGCAAGUUUUAAAGUCAGACCCGUGCCUCUUGAUGGAAGCAAUGGAGCCUUUGUGGAUGUCUUGGACCCAGAUUUUGGUGAAUCAGCCAUUGGGCGUGUUGCACCUGUUGAUUCUGGUUUAUGGUGGAUUAUUUUGUUGAGAGCUUAUGGGAAGCUGACCGGUGAUUAUACACUGCAAGAGAGGGUGGAUGUGCAGACAGGCAUAAGAUUAAUCCUCAAGUUGUGUUUAACUGAUGGGUUUGACAUGUUUCCUACUCUCCUAGUCACUGAUGGCUCCUGCAUGAUUGAUAGACGGAUGGGUAUUCAUGGCCAUCCUCUUGAAAUCCAAGCUCUAUUCUACUCAGCUCUACGCAGUUCACGGGAGAUGCUCAUUGUCAAUGACGGAACCAAGAAUUUGGUGGCAGCAGUCAAUAACCGGCUUAGUGCCCUGUCAUUUCAUAUCAGAGAGUACUACUGGGUUGAUAUGAAGAAAAUAAAUGAAAUUUAUCGUUACAAGACAGAGGAAUACUCUACUGAUGCCAUCAAUAAGUUCAAUAUUUAUCCUGAUCAAAUUCCUUCUUGGCUAGUAGAUUGGAUUUCUGAGGAAGGUGGUUAUCUUAUUGGCAACCUACAACCUGCUCACAUGGAUUUUAGAUUUUUCACGCUUGGAAAUCUUUGGUCCAUUGUUUCAUCUUUGGGUACGCGCAAACAGAAUGAGGGUAUUCUAAAUUUGAUUGAAGCCAAAUGGGAUGAUUUUGUGGCACACAUGCCUCUAAAGAUAUGUUACCCUGCUUUGGAGUAUGAUGAAUGGCGUAUAAUCACUGGAAGUGACCCGAAGAAUACCCCAUGGUCAUAUCAUAAUGGUGGAUCCUGGCCAACUCUUCUGUGGCAGUUCACACUGGCCUGCAUUAAGAUGAAGAAGCCAGAAUUAGCAAGAAAGGCAAUUGAUUUGGCUGAGAAGAGGCUAUCAGAGGAUCAGUGGCCUGAAUAUUAUGAUACACGUAGUGGGAGAUUUAUAGGGAAGCAAUCUCGACUUUUCCAGACAUGGACGAUUGCAGGGUUUCUGACCUCAAAGAUGCUAUUGGACAACCCAGAGAUGGCAUCCUUGUUGUUUUGGGAUGAGGACUACGAGCUCCUCGAGAUUUGUGUUUGUGCACUUAGCAAAACUGGUCGAAAGAAAUGCUCACGUGGCCUUGCCAAAUCACAGAUUCACAUUUAAGGAGAAACCCAUUAGGAGGAAGAACUUUUUCAACUAGAAAUUUAACAUGGAGCUGCUGACUUCUUGUACAAAGAAGAUAUCAGAUACUUCAUGAAUUAUACACAGAUGAGUGUGUGCUGUGUAUUUUCUAACAGCCUAUACUACAUCAAUGUAAACUUCUAAUAUUAUGCAUCUUAAUUGAAGUAGAUAACUGAUUUGAAGGUUAAGGGCUGAUGUUUUGAAGAGCCUUUUGACCUAUUAUUCUGGUUUUAAUGUCAAUCAUGACAGACUUUGGACCUUCUCAAAUAUUUACAUUGCUAGUCAUUUUAUGCACAACUGAUAUUCUAG